AUGCGUGCAAGUGCCAUGGAAAUUCAACCAAAUGCAACAUGGUCGACGAAUGGUAUCACUGUUGCUGGAGGAAAUGGAGAAGGCAGUAAAAGCAAUCAACUCUAUAACCCAUGGGGUGUGUACGUCGACGACGAUCAAACAAUUUAUGUCGCUGAUCUGGAUAAUAAUCUUAUAAUGGAAUGGAAAUUUGGUGCAACAAAUGGCACAGUAGUUGCUGGUGGAAAUGGAGAAGGGAAUGGAACUAAUCAAUUAAAUAACCCAGCAGAUGUGAUUAUCGAUAAAGAGACCGAUAGUCUCAUCAUCUCCGAUUACAGGAAUAAAAGAGUAGUUCGAUGGCCUCGUCGCAAUGGUACUCAUGGAGAAACAAUUAUUACAAAUAUCGCUUGCGUUGGUUUAACAAUUGACGAUAAUGGUUACCUCUAUGCCGUUAACUUUGAUAAACAUGAAUUGAGACGAUAUAAAAUUGGUGAUACCCAAGGAACAGUGGUUGCAGGUGGCAAUGGACAAGGUAAUCGUCUCGAUCAACUCUCUAACCCCACCUACGUAUUUGUCGACCGAGAACAUUCAAUUUAUGUGUCUGAUUAUUACAAUCAUCGUGUCAUGAAAUGGGAAGAAGGUGCAACAGAAGGCAUUGUUGUAGCCGCUGGUAAAGGAUAUGGAAAUAGUCUUACACAAUUGUAUUAUCCUCAAGCAGUCGUCGUUGAUCAAUUGGGUACUGUCUAUGUGACUGAUGCCGGGAAUCAUCGAAUCAUGCGUUGGCCAAAAAGAGCCAUACAAGGAAGUGUCAUUAUUGGUGGAAGUGGUGAAGGAGCUCAGUCCAAUCAACUAAGUUUUCCCGUAGGUUUAUCAUUCGAUCGACAUGGUAAUCUCUAUGUCGUCGAAUGGAAAAAUAAUCGCGUACAAAAAUUUAAUAUCACAUAA